AAAACGAAAAAUGUCAAAAUUGACAACAUUUUUUAAUAUUAAUUCACUAUAUCAAGGCUUCCAUUCGGAUAUUUACAUUUCCGAUAUUUCGUAAAAUUAAAUCAAAAAUUCUAUUCACUUACGACUACAAAAUUAUACGAAUAACAACCAAUCAUUUUGUUUUUAAUAUUUUCAACUAUUUUUAACCUUGAAUUGACGCCAUGGAAAAUAUUUUGGAGCAUUGCGAAUUGAGUGAUGAACAUAGUGUGUCGCCAGUCAAGAAAGAGGAAAAAGUGGACACAAUUUUGAACAUGGAAUUAACGACAUCUCCAGAAAAAGAUACAGAUUCGGAAAUGCUCGAUAAAGAAUUGACAAAUGAUAAUGCUGAACAGACCAAUCCAAAACCAUCAACUGCCGACGAUAAAAGUGGAGAAAAUGCGAAAAACACCGAUGCUUUAGAAAUUCAAAGCGAGCGUAAAGAUCUUAAUAUUUCAUUUGACGAAGAUAUUAUUCUGCCAAGUGUCCGACAUGAUCCCGAACAAGAGCAAAAACAACGCGAUCGUAUCAAGCGAAAAGAGAUGAAGAGCCGCAAAGAGCUAGAAGAAGAAGAACGCGAGAAAAUGCAAGUAUUAGUUUCGAAUUUUACCGAAGAACAACUGGAACGAUAUGAAAUGUACAGACGUAGCUGUUUCCCAAAGGCAACGGUCAAACGUUUGAUGCAAACUAUAACUGGUUGUUCAGUAUCGCAAAAUGUCGUAAUCGCAAUGUCUGGUAUAGCAAAAGUGUUUGCCGGCGAAAUUGUCGAGGAGGCAUUGGACAUAAUGGAACAAACUGGGGAAACUGGUGCACUACAACCUAAGUACUUACGUGAAUCGGUUCGACGAUUACGUGCCAGAGGUCAAAUCCCACAUGGGAAAUCACAUCGACAAUUUUUCCGAUUAAAUUAAUGUUUACAUUAUGUCGAUUUAGAUAAGAUAAAUUUCAUAAAUGAAUUCGAUUAAAUAUAAUAUUUUAUAAGCGAUAAACAAAAAAUCAAAAACUAUUUCCAUUAUUCACCCUUUUCACAAACGCCAAAAUUCGACUCGACAAAAAACAUCCUAUGUAAAAAAUUGUAUGUUUCAUUAUUUUACUGAUUUAUUAGACAAUUUAGGAAUAAAUAAAAUGUCUUACAUCCGUAAGAUGAACUUUUCCGCACUGUGA